CAGAUAUUUUUUGAUUAAAAUGUUGACGUCAGUGGAGAUUCGUCCCUCGGGAAUUAAAGCUCGUCUCAUGCACACAGCUGACAGGAUCCUGUCUGAUUUACUGCACUGCACCGCAGGUCUACGAGUGGAUAUGGCGAAAUUCCUCAGUCAAGAUCAAAUCAACGAGUAUAAAGAGUGCUUUUCGCUGUACGACCAGAAGCGCAGGGGUAAAAUGAAGGCACAGGAUCUGCUGACGGUCAUGAGAUCUCUGGGCUGCUGUCCGACCCUGCAAGAGCUCGACAGACACUUGCUGACCCAUAAAAUCGAUAAGAGCGGCGAGUUGGACUUCUCCACGUUUCUCAGCGUGACGCAUGCGCAGAUCCAGCAGGAGAAGCCGCGGGCCGAGAUCCUGCAGGCCGUGAGGUUCAUGGACACCGGCAAACGAGGCUUUAUCACAGCGUCGGAGCUCAGGGCCAGACUGACAGGCUUUGGAGAGCGACUCACAGAUCAGGAAGUGGACGAGCUGCUGAGAGAAGCCGGCGUGAACGAUGACGGGCAAAUUAACGACGAGGGUUUUGCAAAGAUGGUGACAUUUCUGACCGGCUGAUGCUGGACAAACUUCAGAGCUGCGAUAAAUCAGAAGCAGAAUGUUAUUCCAGCUGAAAACCACAGAUGUUACAGCCUCUAAAUCUUCCUAAAAAAGCAAAAAAUUAAAUAACUUCACUAGCAUGGCCAUAUUAAACUGAUAAAAUACC